CGCCGCUUCCCCCCCCAGCCCGCACUCCACUCCCCCUUCUCCGUCCUGCCACCACCACGACAGCGGCAGCUGCAGCCUCCCCCGGCCGCCGCCGCCGCUCCAACACCACCACGGCCCGGACGAAAGGCGGCGUCGCCACUGUGUGACGUCACUGCCGUGGCGCUGACGUCACAAAACGCCUCGCGGCACCCGCCGUGGCUCCUUCCCGUGAGGAUGCGCGCUGCGCCGGCGACCGUCCCCUGUAGAUCAGGCGGGCAGGAGCGAUAGGAAAGCCCGGGAUGAGCGAGGAUUCAGGGAAGAAUUUUCCCCCAAUCGGUGUUUGCUGCGAAAACGAUAGUUUCUUAACAGACAUGGCUUCUCCGCCGCGUACCCGCAGCGACUCUCCACGGGAGGAUGGAGAGCUGGAAGAAGGGGAGCUGGAGGACGACGGAGGGGAGGAGGCGCAGGAUCCCUCCGAAUCUCAGGAGAGGGGCCGGAAGGAGAAAGGGGAGAAGCAUCACAGCGAUUCGGAUGACGAGAAGGCCCAUCGACGGAUGAAGCGCAAGCGUCGGAAAGAGAGAGAGAAGGAGAAGAGGAGAUCCAAGAAGAAAAGGAAAUCCAAACACAAGCGCCACGCUUCUUCCAGCGAUGACUUCUCCGAUUACAGCGAGGACUCCGACUUCAGCCCCGCCGAGAAGGGGCACAGAAAGUACAGGGAAUACAGCCCCCCCUACUCCUCCUCCCACCAGCAGUACCCGUCCUCUCACGGCGCUCCCAUGCAGAAGAAGAGCUACUCCAAACUGGAGAGCAAGAGUUACGGCAUGUACGAGGACUACGAGAACGAGGAGUACGGCCAGUACGAGGGGGAAGAGGACGAAGACCUGGGGAAGGAGGAUUACGAUGACUUUGCGAAAGAGCUGAAUCAGUACCGGCGAGCGAAGGAGGGCUCUCACCGGGGCCGAGGUGGCCGGGGCCGGGGCCGAGGGUACCGCGGGCGCGGCGGCAGAGGCGGCAUGAGAGGAGGCCGAGGCAUGGGCCGGGGGAACCGCGGCCGAGGCCGAGGCGACCACCCCGAGGAAGAGGAGGAGAUGUACGACGAAGAGAUGGAUUACUGCGACAACGAGGAGCCCGUCGGCGACGACGACUACGACGACUACUCCAAGGAGCUGAGCCAGUACCGCAGGAGCAAGGAGAGCCGCGGCCGGGGUUUAAAUCGAGGACGGGGUCGCGGCCCCAGAGGACGAGGAAAUAAAGGAAUGGGCAGGGGCCGAGGCAGAGGCGGGAGCAGGAGCGGAAUGGGGAAAGGCGGGGGAAUGAAUGAAGACGACGAUUACUACGACGACGACAUGGGAGACGGAGGGGGCGGUGGGAAUUACCGGCGGAACGACCACGACAAGCCCCACCAGCAGUCGGAUAAGAAAGGGAAAGUGAUCUGCAAAUACUUUGUGGAAGGCAGAUGUACCUGGGGCGACCACUGCAAUUUCAGUCACGACAUCGAGCUACCAAAGAAACGGGAACUGUGCAAGUUCUACAUCACCGGCUACUGCGCCAGGGCUGAAAACUGCCCUUACAUGCACGGGGACUUCCCCUGCAAGCUGUUCCACACCACGGGCAACUGCAUCAACGGGGACGACUGCAUGUUCUCCCACGACCCGCUCACAGAGGAGACGCGAGAGCUCCUCGACAAGAUGCUGGCGGACGACGCGGAAGCCGGGGCGGAGGAUGAGAAAGAAGUCGAAGAGCUAAAAAAACAGGGCAUCAACCCUCUUCCCAAACCGCCCCCAGGGGUGGGCUUGUUACCCACCCCCCCUCGCCCUCCCGGGCCGCCGGCUCCGACGUCUCCCAACGGGAGGCUGAUGCCCGGCGGCCCUCCUCCGCCGCCGCCGCCGCCGCUCCCUCCGCCGGGGCCGCAGAUGCCUCCCCCGCUGCACGAACCCCUCUCGCCGCAGCAGCUCCAGCAACAGCAGGACAUGUACAAGAAGAUCCCGUCGCUCUUCGAGAUCGUCGUGCGACCGACGGGGCAGCUGGCCGAGAAGCUGGGCGUGAGGCACCCAGGUCCGCCUCCCCCCAGGUUCCCCGGGCCCGGAGGACCCCCAGGACCAAUGCCCGGACCCAUGCACCCCGACAUGCACCCGGACAUGCACCCCGACAUGCACCCGGACAUGCACCCGGACAUGCACCCCGACAUGCACCCCGACAUGCACCCGGACAUGCACCCGGACAUGCCGAUGGGGCCGGGAAUGAAUCCGGGCCCUCCCAUGGGUCCCGGACCCCCCAUGAUGCCCUACGGACCGGAUGAUUCCCCCCAUUCCGGCAUGAUGCCGCCCGUCCCGUCGGCUCCCGGUUUCUACGAUAAUUUUUACCAGCAGCAGGAAGGUUUGGAGAUGGAUCACGGCAUGAUGGGAGACCCGGAAGACUACGGCGGUUACGAGGAGAUGGAAGGACCUCCGGGGGAGCACCUCUUCCCCGACCCGUCCUUGGAUCACGAUGCUCUGUGCGAAGGGGGCGCGCCCGGCUUGGCGAAAGCGCCGGGCGCCGUCCCCGACUUCAUGCCGUCGGCGCAACGAGCCCUUUACCUGAGAAUCCAGCAGAAGCAGCAAGAGGAAGAGGAGAGAGCGCGAAGGCUCGCCGAGAGCAGCAAGCAGGACCGCGAAAACGAGGAAGGCGACACCGGUAACUGGUAUUCCAGCGACGAAGACGACGGCGGAAGCAGCGUCACCUCCAUAUUGAAGACCCUGAGGCAACAAAGCUCCGGCAGAGCCCACGGCCAACCCUCCCACGGAGAAAUGGGGCCUCCCUCCGGCGUGAGCGACCCUCGCCUGCAAAAAGCUCCGGCGGGGGGCAGCGCUCGGCCUGCCGACCCGCGGCUACGCGACCCCCGGCUCUCCCGAGCCGCCGACCUCUCCGUCCCGGCCCUCCCCGGCGACUCGGGGCCCACCGACCCCCGGCUCGCGCGGCACGUUCCCGCCUCCGCCCCCAAACCAGAAGCUCCUCAUUCCGGCGGCCAGAAAGCGGCCCCGCUCCCCGACGAGGAGGAAGGCGAAAGGGUUUUACGGGAUAAACCGGUCAACGUCCCCCUGGAUCCUCUCCCGGGCCAUUCCCUGCGGGAUCCCCGCUCGCAGCUGCAGCAGUUCAGCCACAUCAAGAAAGACGUCGUCCUCCACAAACCCAACUUCGCCCGGAUGAUCCUGUGGAGCCCGGAGGAUCUGAUCCCGCUCCCGCUCCCAAAGCAGGAGUUUAUCCCCGUCCCGGCGGCCCUUCAAUCCAUGCCCGCCCUCGAUCCGCGGCUCAGCAGGGCCCAGGCGGGUCUUUCGGAUCCCCGGCAGAGGGGGGGAAGCGCGCCGGGGGACGCCGGCUCCUCGCCGGGCGCCGGCCUCCCCGAUUUCGAGCUCCUCUCGAGGAUAUUAAAGACGGUGAACGCCGCCGGCGGCCCGGCGGCCGGCCCGAGCGACAAGCCCAGCGACCCCCGGGUGCGAAAAGCCCCCGCCGACCCCAGGUUACAAAAAUCCGCCGAAACGGGGCUUUCCCGCGUCCCUAAAGCCACCGAUCCGGCGUCGGGCGGCGAGGCCGCCCCGGCCAUCGCUCCCUACGACCCCCGGCUGCUGACGGCCGGCGGCGGGAGCAAAGGCGGCGGGCAGAGCAGCGUGUUGAGCGCCAUCAGCCUCUACGAUCCCAGGACUCCGGGCUCGGGCGGCAAAGCUUCCGAGCCGCCGACCGAGAGCGCCUCGUCCUCCAAACCCUCGGAUUGCGCCAAAACCGCCGGCAAAACCAAGGAGCCCCUCUUCGUCCGGCGCUCGGCUUUGGAUCAACCCGAACCGGAGAAGGCGAGCGCCGAAUCCGCUACGGACAGGUACAACAGCUACAACCGGCCUCGCGCCAAAGCGGCGGCCGCCGGCGCCGCCGGCGCCCCCUCCCCCGGCCCGGAAACGUCCCCCCAGCCCGGGUUGCACAACCUGCCCGUCCCUCCCGUGUACGGGAUGGUCAAACCCAGCGGCAAAGCGGGGCCGGGGAGCCCCUUCGCGGGGGCCAGCCCGGCGCGGGACGGCGAGCCGCAGGACGCCGCCUCCCUCAAGGACGUCUUCAAGGGCUUCGAUCCGACGGCCUCCCCCUUCUGCCAGUAGUUUUUCCCCUAAAAAACGCAGGAAAAAACACCAAAAAAAAAAAGCGAACCCCGGCAGUAAUUGGAUUUAUUUUUUUCGGGGCGGGGGGGUGGGUUUUUUUGGGGGGGUUUCCUUUCAUUUUAAUUCCAUUAGCGCUCGCUUUCCGUGUAUAUAAACCCCGAUUUCUGCUGUAACUCCAGAGAAUUCCCCAAACCGCCUUUUAAAAGAAGAAUCAAACCCUCCCGUCGCGAUAACAACCACCCUUUUCUUGCCUUUUAGCCCUUUUUCCCCCCCCCAAAAAAAAAAUCCGCCCCCCAUGAGAAUAACCCACGACGGGGGGUUAAACCCCGCCCCCAAUCCUUAAAUCACCACGUUUCAAACCUCAUUUUUCCCUGGGAAAAAAAUAUUUUCCCAGGAAAAAAUUACCGCGAUUCUGAAUUUCUUGCUUUAAAACACCCGCGGGGGGGGUGGGGGGGGGGGGGAAGGGGGUGUGUGUCAUUUUUACGCGGGAAUUAAUGAGAAAAACAUCCCCAAAUUGAACGAAAAAUCAGAAUAUUCCGGGUUUUUGUCGUCGUGGCGCUAAAAUUCCGCGGGGGCGAAGGGGGGUAACGGUGGGAAAACCCCACACACACCCCCCCCGCGACCCCCCCCGACCCCGACCCCGACGUGAAAUCGGCGUGGGGAUGGGGGAGGGGCCGCUUCUGGUUUCUUUUCAUUUCUUUGGGUCUUUUUUUCUUUAAAAAUCGCUAGUUUUGGGGCCGUUUCUCGGUGAUUUUCGAGAAACCCGAGGGGCUGCGACUCCCCCGAGAAGGCGCCGGGAUAUUUCACAACCCCCCCAAAAUCUCAGUUUCCCCCCCCAAAAAAAACCCAACCACCGCAACGAAAAAAAAUAUAUUCUUGGAAUUAAAUUAAUCUCAGAUUUCGCUCGUGUUUUGCGACCCAAAAAGGGGUUUUUUCCCCCCAAAAAAGAGGCUCGGAGCCUCUCGGCGCCUUCCUUUUUUUUCUCCCAUCACAGAAACUCGUCCUUCCCGACGCGGGACGGGAUCGAAAAUCGGAGGGAAAAAUCACCGUCGAUUCAAAGGGCGGAGCUAAAAAACACCCCGUUUUUGGGGGAAAAAACCCACAUUUCCGUGCAAAAAUACCCCCCCCCCCAAAUUGCCUUUUUCUUUUGGUCAGCGAUAAAUCGCUUGUUUUUUUUUUCUAUCGCUCCUUCAAAUUCACGCCGAGUUUGGCUCAAACCCCCCCCUCCGGCCCCAAAAUAUUUGUCCCCCGGCGUCUCGAGCGGGGGAAGGGGGUCCCUCGGAACGGGGAGAAAAACGGGACUUUUUGUAAAAUGAUUUAUUAUUUUGUUUUAUAAGGAUUUAACAGAAAAAAAACCUGAAAACACAUAAAAAAAAACACCAGCUGUCGAAGCCGGGCGGGGGUUUUUUCCCACCUGCCGGAGGUUUCGGAGAAGCGUCGUUGUAAUAAAUGUGUAAAUAAUU